UAGACGUCCAAUAUGCAAUAGCACUCGCUUCGCACGCUCCGCGGAAUCGACUGGCCGCAACGCCCUUCACCGCAACCACCAGAACCUUUCGGCUCCUUCCUUCACGUCCGCCUCGACCGUCCACCCCGUUACCACGAAAGCACACGACACAAUGGCCGAGGACUAUUCACCCGAGCGGCACCGCGGUGUCUAUCGCCGGCGAGAGUCCAAUAUGAGCGAGGCUAGCUUCAUUGGCGACGUUGAGAUGGCCCAAGACGAGAUCUUCUCUGGGCCCAUGUCAGAGAGCGUGCCCACGGCGUCCAGUUCUUUUUUCCACCGGCGAUCGCGCACCAACUCAGUCACCAGUUUUGCAUACUACGAAGAGGAGCGAGACUUCGAUUCAGAAGAGCUCCCUGAAGAUGCUCUGUAUGAUGACGAAGAGGUCGAGGCGUUGGAGAACGGAGAACUGAGUGGGGACAGCACCUUCGUCGAGCCCGAGAUGAAUGGAACUUAUGGCCCAAGCGAGAGUCCCAAAAAUGGAUCCGUCACGUCGCGUCGAAGGCAUGGCAGCCAUGGAUCAGACCACUCAAAGAGAUCGCGCAGGUCCACAGACCCUAGCAGACACUCUGUGCAAAGCCCUCUUCUCCGUCGCAACCACUCGCAAGACUCGCAGACUAGUGGUUUCCGUGUUGGAGGAAGAAUCAGUCAGAAGAUAUACAUCGUGACGGAGGACAUGACUAUAGUGGCGGCUGGUUUCAAGACGUCUACCUUCGGCUUCGCAGCUUAUUUGGCAUUGUGCAUAUGUACGGCAGGGUUGGCGUAUCUAGUUCUGCGGUGGCUACCUAGAUGGCAUGUCAUGCUGGUGGGCAGGUCAACGCCACUUGGAGAAGCCGACUGGGUCGUGAUUGAGAAUCAAUGGGGAGAGAUGGCGAUCCAGAGUUUGAGCAAGCAGGAGUUUGGGCAGAGCUUGUCCUCUGUGUUUGGUAUUAGCCGGGCGAAGUGGCAGGACUACGAUGAGUACGACGAUCCCAUCUUGGACGAACUCCGCAUUCUCGACUACAGAUAUAUUCGCUUCUGCUACCACCCACUCAAAGAUAAGUUUGUGCUUGGCAACACGUGGAAAGACCCAGCUUGGACUGAUGUGCUGGCCGUUCGACGGGGCAUUGACGGGGAAGAGCAGGAAGUGCGAGAACGCAUCUUUGGCAAGAAUGCCAUCGAUCUGGAGAAGAAGACGACGGGACAGCUACUCAUGGACGAAGCCUUCCACCCGUUCUACGUCUUCCAAGUUGCCAGUAUCAUCCUGUGGUCGGCAGACGAGUACUAUUACUAUGCGGCUUGUAUCUUUGUCAUCUCCAUCGUCAGCGUCGCUACUACCUUGAUUGAGACGAAGGCAACCAUGAAGCGUUUGCGCGACAUUGCAAAGUUCGAAUGCGAUAUCCGAGUCCUGCGAGGCGGGUUUUGGCGAUACGUGGAUUCCAGCGAGUUGGUUCCGGGAGAUGUGUAUGAAGUAACAGACCCCAACCUGGGUCAGUUCCCAUGCGACAGUCUCUUGCUCUCUGGAGAUUGCAUUGUAAACGAAAGCAUGUUGACGGGCGAGUCCGUACCUGUCUCGAAGACACCGGCCACAGAUGACACUCUCGAGAUGCUGAACCUGUCCGCGUCUGCAAUACAUGCCGAUGUCGCCAAGCAUAUGUUGUUCAGCGGCACCAAGAUCAUCCGUGCAAGGAGACCACAGGACGACAAAAGUGACGAGGCUGCAGCACUCGCUCUUGUGGUCAGGACCGGAUUCAAUACGACGAAAGGUGCUUUAGUCCGCUCCAUGCUCUUUCCCAAGCCAUCUGGGUUCAAGUUCUACAGAGACUCUUUCCGAUACAUUUCCGUUAUGGGCAUGAUCGCUGCAGUGGGGUUCAUCGCGUCGCUGGUCAACUUCAUCCGCUUGGGACUCGAAUGGCAUCUCAUCAUCGUCCGCGCUCUCGAUCUCAUUACAAUUGUCGUACCACCGGCACUGCCGGCGACUUUGACCAUUGGCACCAACUUCGCUCUGAGUCGACUGAAAGCCAAGCAGAUCUUCUGUAUCAGUCCCCAGCGCGUCAACGUGGGAGGCAAGAUCGACGUCAUGGCUUUCGAUAAGACUGGCACAUUGACCGAGGAUGGGUUAGACGUGCUUGGCGUUCGCGUCGUCUCGAGACCUGCGAACCGUUUCUCGGAACUGCUCACGGAUUCCAGCACACUUCUGCCUGGUGCACUUUACGAGCGUGAUCCUACCGCAGACUACAACGCCAACAAGGCGAUCUUGUACAACAUGGCCACUUGCCACUCCUUGCGUAUUGUCGAUGAUGAGUUCAUUGGAGAUCCACUUGACUUGAAGAUGUUCGAGUGGACCGGCUGGCAGUACGAGGAAGGUGCAGAGAGUGGUGAUCUGGGUGACGAGGAGGAGGAAUUGUCCUUGUCGCCUUCGGUCGCACGUCCACCACCUGGCAUGGAGUUUGACCUCGACGAGGAGCAGGGCACGCCCAAUAGUAGAAGAGCCAUCGAGCUCGGUGUGCUGAGAUCUUUCGAGUUUGUAUCUCAACUCCGCCGUGCCAGUGUCGUGGUCAGACAGUUCGGUGAGAAGAGUGGAGAUGUCUACGUCAAGGGUGCGCCCGAGGCCAUGAAGGGAAUCUGCCGACCAGACUCAUUUCCUCCCGAUUAUAACGAUCUUCUGGCCUACUACACUCACCGUGGCUACCGUGUGAUUGCAUGUGCCACAAAGCACAUUUUCAAACUGAAUUGGUUAAAAGUACAGAAGAUGAAGCGCGAGGACGUAGAGUCCGGCUUGGAGUUUGUGGGCUUCAUCAUCUUCGAGAACAAGUUGAAAGACACCACGACCGACAUCAUUACCGAACUUCGAGAAGCCAACAUCCGCACCGUCAUGUGUACUGGCGACAACAUCUUGACUGCCAUCAGUGUCGCGAGGGAGUGUGGACUGGUCGACAAGUCUGCACAUUGCUUUGUACCCCACUUUGUGGAAGGUGAUGCGCAUACUGCCCUCUCGAAGCUUGCUUGGGAGUCAGUUGACAACCCCAUAUACCAGUUGGAUGAGAACACGCUGAAACCGCUACCACCUCCCGCCGAGCACGACUCCUCACUGCCUUACGAUGUCUCGAACUUGCGCAAUUACUCCGUCGCAGUGACUGGCGAUGUCUUCCGCUGGAUCAUUGAUUUUGCAUCUCCCAAGGUCCUGCGCGAAAUGCUGGUCAUUGGUCAAGUGUUCGCUCGCAUGUCGCCUGACGAGAAGCACGAGCUCAUUGAGAAACUGCAAAGUAUCGACUACUGCGCGGGCUUCUGUGGCGACGGCGCAAAUGACUGUGGUGCGCUCAAAGCCGCUGAUGUGGGCAUCUCGCUUUCCGAGGCCGAAGCCUCUGUCGCAGCACCAUUUACCAGCCGCGUCUUUGACAUUUCUUGCGUGCCAGAAGUCAUUCGCGAAGGUCGUGCUGCACUUGUCACAUCUUUCAGCUGCUUCAAGUACAUGUCACUGUACUCUGCCAUCCAGUUCACCUCGGUCAGCUUCCUUUACGCUUCCGCCUCGAACUUGGGCGACUUUCAAUUUCUGUACAUUGAUUUACUCCUCAUCCUACCCAUUGCGAUCUUCAUGGGUUGGACAGGGCCUUAUCCUUCUCUAUCACGAAAGCGACCUACAGCUUCCUUGGUGUCGCGAAAAGUCCUGACGCCCCUCAUCGGCCAGAUUGUCAUCACCAUCGUCUUCCAGUUCAUCGGCUGGUUCUUCGUUCGUAAACAACCUUGGUAUCAACCUCCGGUCCUCGAUACCGAGCACUCCAACUCGAAGAACUCGGAGAAUACGACGCUGUUUCUCUUGUCCUGCUACCAGUACAUCCUCUCUGCCAUUGUGCUUUCCAUUGGCAAACCUUUCCGACAAUCCAUGCGACACAACCUACCUUUCGUCAUCACCAUGGCCGUCGCAUUGGGUGUUUCCAGCUACAUGCUUUUCGACCCGGCACCCUGGGUAGAAGACGCCAUGGAACUGACGUGGAUGAGUGCUAAUUUCCGAAUCUUCAUCCUCGCGCUCGGACUGGGGGCUUUUGCAGUUUCUUAUCUGGCCGAGAGACAAUUCUUGCCUGUAUUGGCGAGGUUGAUUGGCAAAGUCAAGCAAAAGUUUAGUAAGAUUCCCAAGAAGAGGAAGGAGUACAAGGUGAUACUGGAGGAUAUGAGGAUAUGAUGAAUGUUUUUUUUUUCUUCCUCUCUGCUGCUUGUUGUUCAUGAAGAGAGAGUGUGUAGUACCAUAGGUGUAAGAUAUCUAUACACAUGACGAGAAUAGAAUGAGGGAGAGACAGGACCACAUAGAUGAAUAUGAGGAAGAAGAGGAAGAAGAAGAAGAAGGGGAAGAAGAAGGGGAAUUGUCAUGACGAUGUUUUCCCUAUGCAAUGAAAUUG